UAAUUAUUCCACAGGUUGGAAGUUUUGGCACACCAAAUCUUAUUCCAGCUGGUAGUCAGAUGACUACAGGGGCAAAGGCUUGUGUUCAGGGGCAGAUGUUGGCUGCAUCAUCAAAAUCAACUGUAAUUCAGGGGCAGUCCAGUUUUAUACCGGCUACAUCAGCCAACCAAACAGUUGUGAUUGGUCAGCUUCUUUCUAAUCCAUCAUCAGUAUUAUCCCAUCAGGCGAAGGCAUUAGAAGGGCAAAAAGGAAAAUCUUAUUUGAUUUCCCAACCUGCCACUCUUCACCCAAAGUCUCCAAUUUUACCUUCUCCAAGUGCUUCAUGUCCUGGCCAGAUGAUAGCAACAAGUCAGUUAAAGCAGCUUCCUUCAGCUCCACACAUAAUAACAACACAAGCCCCUACAAUGAUAGCUAGUCAAGCACAGAUUCUUGGGUCCCUUCAGGCUUUAGGUGCAUCACUUCCACAAGGCAUUACUUGGGCGACCCCUGGUUCCUUACAUUCACCUGCGCUCUUUGGACAGAAUCCAAUUUUUAUUCGCAGUCAGCAGUCAGAUAUGUUUAUUCAGUCUCCUCCACCCCAAGCAACUCUUCAUGCUGUUCCUGUAGCACCUGCACCUUUGCAACCACAGCAGUCACAGCAACAGCAGGCACAGCAGCAGCAGCAGCAACAACAACAACAGCAGCAGCAGGCACAGCAGCAGCAGCAAACUCAGCAACAGCAGCAGCAACAACAACAACAAGUGCAACAACAGCAGCAACAAGUGCAGCAACAGCAACAAAUCCAACAACAGCCUCCGCCUCCUCCGAGUACUCCUGCUCCCCAGAUAUUUAAACCUAAACCACCUCUGCGUCCGGGUAGUUCAGUUGCCACACAGACAGUUGUUUCCACAUCCACUGCCACCAGCACCAAUGGAACUAUUUCAAAAACACAAGGGAAACAGAGGUCUCGUGUACUUCAUUAUCGCUCGGUUCAAGCACCAUCUGGAGGAAGUUCUGUCCAUUUUCAGACAGCAACAACACAAACUCAAACACAGCCUCCCCCAAGUCAAAAAGCUGAUGCAGCGAACCAGACGAAACCUACCUCGGAAUCUAAGCUAGCUUCUUCAUAUAAUAAGAUACUAGAACCAUUCACAAAGUCAGCCGUAACGGAAACUGCCUUCUCUCCAUCUGUGCCGGAAUCCAUGGAAAUAGAGGUCGUCCAAGCUACAGAACCUAUGGAAUCACUUUCAGCACCAGACGUAGCCAUCGUGGCACCAUCUCCUGCUGUCCCAUUAAUAACUGAAGGUAUACAAAUGGAAGUGGUGGAAGAAUCAGUGUCAUCCUCAUCACCUGCCCUUCCUAUUACAGUUCCUGUGGAGAAGAUCAUUCCCAGUCGAAAAGAAAUCGAAGCAGAAAACAUUGGAAUAGUAAUGCCCAUGCCAGAACCUGCAGUUAAAGAAAAGCAGCUGCAGAAAGCUAUUGUCAAGCCGCAUGUUCUAACACAUGUUAUUGAAGGAUUUGUCAUUCAAGAAGGAUCAGAGCCAUUUCCAGUCAGUUUACCCUCUUACAGUAUUAUUCCAAAAGAUGAUUUGGUUAAAAAGCCUGUGGAGUCAUAUGAUAAUACAAAUAACACAGAUGUUGCUGUAAUUCCAAAGAAAAAGGAGAAGAUACCAAAAAUUCGAGGAGGCCCGGUAGAAUUGGCAAAAUGUGAAUUCUGUGGCAAACUUGGACCAAAAUCCAAGUUUAAACGUUCAAAGCGAUUUUGCUCUACAUCUUGUGCCAAGCGUUUUAAUGUUCAUUGUUCAAAAAGAUUUGCAAUUAUUUUGCACAGUCGGGGCCAAAAAUCUGAAGAAGAGGCGAAAAGGCACAAGAGAAGAGGAAGCAGUAAAAAAGGAGGAAAAUCUAAGAAAAAGAAACUUGGUUUGAAAUCCAAAAGAAGUUGGAAGAAAUCUGAAACUAAAUUAUAUGAAGAUAAGGAAUGGGUUCCAGAAAGGCGUGAUGUUCAGACUGAAGUUGUCAUUGAAACUGACUUACCCACGGAGCAAAGUAUGGAAAUUCCCGAGGUAGAAGAAGAUAUACAAGAAGUGCCAUGUGUCAGUGAAAUUCCUUGCCCUGCACCUCUUGCUCCUGCUCCACCUCUUCCUCCUCCUUCUCCUCCUCCUCCACCAGCUGUAGCCACUCCAAUAGAGCCAAUUACCAAGCCAGUAACAGAAUUUGCUACUAAGUCUCCUCUCAAAUGGACGGUAUGAAUGUUAAU